CUUUUACUCUCACUCACUGUUAUUAUCCGUGAAUAAAGGGUAGUUGAAUGUUAGGAUCUUUCUUAGCUCUUCCCCCCUCCUCCCUCUCUAUAAUAUAUAGAAUAUAGAAUACAUAGAUUAUAAUUUACAGGCCUUGCCUUCUCCGCCAUCCCUCUUUUUCUUCUCCCUCUCUCCCUCCCUCCCUCCCUAUAAAGAUAUGAAAUAAUUAGGUUUACAUUGUCCAAAACCAGAGGAGUUUAAUUUUGAGAAUGGGGUUGUUGUUCAAGAAUGAAGCGCAUGUGGUUUUCAAGCCUGCAAAGGAUGUUGAUCUAACUCCUGCCAGCUCUGAACUCUAUUUGCGAGCCAAUGUCAAAGCUCCUCGUAUGGCUGGAUUCCUGGUCAAAGUGUUUGCCUGGUUUUUGGAGUCACGGAUCUUUGGGACCUUGCUAUUGUUUAUACUGAAACGGGAUAACUUAAUUCAUAAGCUGGUCACAAACGCUGAGCUGGAGGAGCCACCCGUCUAUGUUCCCCUACAUCCUUUUGAUGAUAAAGAAGAACAAGAUGUCAAACAAGUAGGGUCUGAUUUGUCUCCACCCGAACUAGUUCAACAGGCAAUUGAAUGUCUGCCUGUGUCCUUAGAAAAAACAUUAAAUGGUUCAAAAUUUUCUUUUCGUCAUUGGACAAUAUCGGAUUAUUCAAGAGCCUAUACCUCUGGAGAAAUAACUCCUCGAACGGUUGCAGAGCACCUUAUAGCUGCCAUCCAUGAAUCUUCCACUCCACCAUUACAGAUGUCAUUCUUUAUCAACUACAAAGCUGAUGAUAUUCUAAAGCAAGCAACUGAAUCAACUCUUCGGUAUGAACAAGGAGUUCCUAUUUCAGCUCUUGAUGGGGUCCCAAUUGCAAUCAAGGAUGAAAUAGAUUGCUUACCAUACCCAACUACAGGAGGUACAAAGUGGCUGCACAACCUAAGACCCUGUACAGAUGAUGCAUGCUGCGUUAAGUGCCUCAGACUAUGUGGUGCUGUACUUGUUGGGAAAACCAAUAUGCAUGAACUUGGAGCUGGAACAAGCGGGAUAAAUCCCCAUUAUGGGGCAACUAGAAAUCCAUACAGCCGCAGCAAGAUCUCUGGAGGUUCCUCUAGCGGAUCUGCUGCAGUUGUUGCCUCCGGAUUGUGCCCUGUUGCUCUUGGUGUUGAUGGAGGAGGAUCGGUACGGAUGCCUGCAGCUCUUUGUGGUGUUGUUGGCUUGAAACCAACAUUCGGACGAGUGCCUCAUUCUGGUGUUCUUCCUCUGAAUUGGACAGUUGGAAUGGUUGGAAUACUAGCAGGCACUGUUGAGGAUGCAUUUAUAGUCUAUGCAGCUAUUAGUUGCCAACUUCCACCACGUCUACUUUCUGCAUCGCCCAAAGUAAAUUUUCCUCUGCUGAACUCAACUAAACCGAUAUCUGGUAUCAAAUUGGCGAAGUAUGGCGAGUGGUUUAAUGAUUGCAGUGAUGAUAUCAGAGAAUGCUGUUCAAAUGCUCUGGAAAGGCUUCAGAAGCAAUAUGGUUGGAAGACUGUAGAGGUGACCAUACCAGAGAUAGAGAUGAUGCGCCUAGCACAUUAUGUAACGAUCGGAUCGGAGUGUAGCACUUCGCUUAGUUCGUUUCUGGAAAAGCUGGAUUUCAAAGAGUUAGGAUGGGAUGCAAGGGUAGCACUUGCUGUGUAUGGUGCUUUCAGCAGUAAAGACUAUAUAAAGGCUCAGAAAAUUAGGAACCGACAGAUGCAGUUCCACAUGAAUUUGUUUACUCAGGCAGAUGUCAUUGUUUCCCCGACAAUAGGGGUUACUGCAUACACAAUUUUGGAUGAUGCUCUGAACACUGGUGAGCUUGACUACAUAAAUGGAGCUGCACUUGUUAGAUAUUCAAUAGCUGGAAACUUUUUGGGAUUACCUGCGGUGACUGUUCCUGUUGGAUAUGAUAAAUCAGGUUUGCCAAUUGGUCUUCAACUAAUUGGGAAACCGUGGUCUGAAGCAACGCUUAUUCACAUAGCCUUCGCAAUGCAGGACCUCUAUGUCUCUGAGUACAGAAAGCCUGAGGUUUACUAUGAUCUACUCAAUAAAAAUUCAGUUUUCUAAGAAAGUCAGCAGCAAAGUGUAAUGGUGCAUACAAGACAACAAAAUGUUAACACACAAAUGUUUAUUUAGUAAUACAGUAAGACCAAGUUAUGAUGUUUAUUAUCCAUUAAUAAUGAGAAUUUAAGUGUAAUGUUUUUUU